GUUCGGAGUGGAUCGUUUUUUCGUUUAAGCUAGUUUUGUUGUAGCGUUGCAUUGUUGCAACAACGAAAACCGUGACUUAAAUCGGGCGCGUAAUCUCGAUCAGUUUCCUAGUGUACCUCGUGGUGUUCGGACCGGCUUACUCAACCGUUCCGUUGUUUAGUAGUGUAGAGGUGUGAUUAAAAAUAAUAAAAAAACGUGACUUGUUUGUGUUCGAAGAGCCCCAAGAAGGUGAAGAAAUAAAUAUGAAACCCAUCCCGUGCGCCGCGCUGGUGCUUCUGCUGCUGGCAACGGAUACCGUACCCACCGCCAGCGGACAGUGUUUGGCCGAAAACGAUAACGUCCAGCACACCAAAGCGGAUAGUUCGCAGUCACGGAACCGGCUGUACAAGGGCGAAUCGAUAUUCACGCUGAAACUGCUGGAAGCCAUCAAUACCGCCACACCAACCGAGAACGUUUUCUUCUCACCGUACAGUUUGUACCACGUGCUUCUGCUGAUGUACUUCGGAGCCAAAACGACAACGGAAAAGCUCCUCCGCACUGGUUUGGAACUGCACUGGACCAACGAUAAGCCGGUGGUAUGGCAGGCCUACAACAUUGGCAAGAAAUCGCUGGCGACAAGAUUUAGCAACGAUAAGGACAUCCAAUUCACCUCCGUCGAUAAGCUAUUCUUUGGCAAAAAUAUUCCCGUGGAGGAAUGCAUGGAGGAUAAAUUCUUCGACGAAAUCGAGAAGCUAGACUAUGAGAAUGAGCCGGAAGCGCAGCGAGUCUACAUCAAUAACUGGGUGGAAAACGUGACGCACGGAGAAAUCAAAGACCUGCUGAUACCGGGAUCAAUAACGCGAAACACAAAAUUGGCUGUUGCAAAUGCCGCAUACUUCAAGGGUACAUGGCAAACCAAAUUCAAGCCAGAGGAAACAAAGAAAGAAAUCUUCUACAUUUCCAACGAGCGACAGGAGUUUGUUGACAUGAUGCAUGUCCAAGGAACUUUCAAUCACGCUGCCAAUGAAAAACUUGCUUGUCACAUCCUUGAGUUACCGUACCACGGUCAGGAGGAAAGUUCACGCGUCUCGAUGUACGUGUUUCUACCCCCAGCUGAACCAAACGCACUGGAGAAGUUGCUAGCCCGAUUGACGGCAUCACCGGACAUUCUCAGUGAGGUCAUCGGCGAAGGAAUAUCUCGCCAGGUGGAUGUCAAGAUGCCUAAGUUUAGCAUCGAGAAAACCGUCGAAAUGAAACCCGUCCUCGAACGUAUGGGCAUGGGUAACCUGUUCGAUACCAGCGCGGAUUACUCCGGUUUCUCCAAGCAAGCCAAGAUCGAGUUUGACGAGGUUAUACAGAAGUCGAAGAUCACCGUGAACGAGGAAGGCUCGACGGCCGCUUCCAGCACGAUAGCGUUCAGCUUCCGGUCGUCGCGACCGGCCGAUCCGGCAAUGUUCCACUGCAACCAUCCGUUCGUGUUUAUCAUCUACGAUUAUUCGACGCAAGCGGUACUGUUUAACGGGGUGCACCGUCAACCGGAAUGAGUGGAUAGCGGCGUGUUCGCUUUUUGUUCCAAAUCCGGAAGUGGUGUUUAGUUGUUUAAGGUUUUAUUUUAUCCUACUGAUCGCGGCAUACGAGAAUGGAUGGCUGGCAAUGGUCACUAUUUAUUAACGAACAAAAUUAUCGUGUUUUUUCAUCGCUACUUCGCAUGGAACAUUUUGAAGUGAGAAUCAAAGAAAAUAUGAAAAUAAAAGCUUUAACUGAGA